UCUAAUAGUUCUGGUUGGUAGCUGGUUUGUUUUUGUUAUAAUUGCAUAGAAAACUUGUGAGGAUGCAUGAGGCAUAUGCAGUGCAUUCCGCCUCAAAACUGUCUGUCCAAAUAGAAUCAAUUGCGGCAUUUGAUAAUCAUGUGAUCCUUGGUACCCGCAAUGGACAACUUUUAAUGUAUUCGAUUGACUACAAUGGCGCAGAUAAUAAAGUCGAACUACGUCUUAUGAAGUUCAAUAAGAAUUUCAGUAAAAAACCAAUUGUUCAAAUUGAAGUCGUACCAAAGAGCAAUUUACUAUUCAGUUUGUCUGAUGGAUUGAUCAACGUUAGUGACAUAACCAGACCGAAUUUCUCGCUGAUUCAUAGCGCACAAAAUACAAAAAAUGCCAGUUUAUUCUGUUUGGAUGUAAAUGAAUCUACAACCCUCACCGGCGAAACUGCUGUUCUAAUUCGAAUGUGUGUAUCCAUUAAACGCAAACUGCAAUUUUGGUAUUGGAAACAUGAUCAACUUCUGCAAUACAAGGAACCAAUUGACGUCAACGGCAUCCCAAAAGCUUUAGCUUGGACGCAAAACGUAAUUUGUGUUGGUUUCAAAACAGAAUACGUUUUAUACGAUAUAUCGCAAGAUCCAAAAAAGGCAGAACUUUUCCCAACUUCAUCAUCACGAACUAUUGAUCCUUGCAUUUGUUUAAUAAACAGCGAAGUAUUUGGCGUUAUCAAGGAUGAAUUAUUCAUAGGAGUUGAUAUAACAACGGUUUGCAAACGCCGAAAUGAAGGCGUCGUCGACUUCAAGGGUGGAUCUGCAGCGGAUGAGAUGGCUAUGCUUGUCGAGAAAAGUGAUAGAAAAUUACCGAAACCAUUAGCGUGGAGUCAGCCGGUUAGUGUUUUAGUGUGGGAUGACCCGUAUAUCAUCGGAAUCGUGCCGACAGGAAUGGAAGUUCGCAGCCUAGGAAUAUUAAGCAACGAGAAGGAUACGCUCAUUCAAACAUUCCCAGAACUCUCAAAAGUUCAGUUUCUCGUGAAAUCUGCACGAGGCUCUCUAUUCGCGGCUUCAUUCUCUGAACUUUGGUUUAUCCAGUCGGUCGAUUUUUCAAAACAGAGACAGAAACUCCUACAACAAAAGAAUUUCCAAUUAGCUUUGCAAAUUACGAACAUAUCUGAUGAGUCGGAAUCAGAGAAAAAGGAGAAAAUACAUCAAAUUCAAACUCUCUUUGCCUUUGAACUAUUCAAAAAUAAACAAUUUGCCGAUGCAAUGAAGGUUUUUGCGAAACUUAAAACGGAUCCUUGUGAUGUUAUUCGAUUGUUUCCCGAUCUUUUGUCCCAAGAUAGUCACACAACGCCUAAACAAAUGGUCAUGUCCAGUGAUUUUCCUGUGCUUGAAGAUAAGGAUUUAGAGAACGGGUUGCUUGCACUGAUCGACUAUUUGACGGAGGUUCGAUAUCAUGUGCAGAAUGACCUAAAAAAGCCAUCAGACUCGAAAACUUAUAGUAAGAGCAAACCUUUACUGCCGAUCAUUGAUACAACAUUGCUGAAGUGUUAUUUGCAGACAAAUGAUUCGCUAGUUGCACCCUUACUUCGUCUAAACCAUUGCCAUUUGGAAGAAUCCGAGAAAACGUUGAAAAAACACUUGAAGUUCGGCGAAUUGAUUAUCCUUUACCAGACCAAGGGGCAGCAUAAGCGAGCUUUGGAAUUAUUGCGUUCGCAAGCUAACGUCCCAGGGUCAAGUUUGAACGGUCACGACCGCACGAUUGAAUAUCUACAACAUUUGGGCUCCGAACAUAAGCAAUUGAUCUUUGAAUUUUCUGACUGGGUUUUGAAACAACAUCCUGAUGAUGGCUUGAAAAUUUUUAUAGAAGACAUCCAAGAAGUGGAGCAGCUACCCCGCGCGGAAGUCUUAGAUUUCCUGCUGAAAAACCACAAGCCCCUUGUGAUACCCUACUUGGAGCAUAUUAUUAACGUUUGGAAUGAACAGAAGCCCAUGUUCCAUAACAUUUUGAUUCUUCAGUAUAAAGACAAGGUUCAACAGUUGCGUGCGACAGUUGCUGAUGGAAGUGCUUCACCUCAAAGCUCGAAAACGUUGGAAACAACCCAAAUGAAACUCCUCGAGUUGCUCCGUUCAUCUGACAAGUACAUUGCUGAAACAGUCUUAAAGGACUUCCCCAUCGAUAGUUUAUUCGAAGAACGGGCGAUUAUAUUAGGGAAGCUUCAAAAGCACGAAAAGGUCCUUGCUAUCUACGUGCAAAUUUUGGGUGAUAUUAACAAAGCUACGAACUAUUGUGAAUCAGUGUACCCCAAAGAGUCCGAUAUUUUUGCUAAUUUGCUCAUAACCCUUCUGAGACCUCCAUCAUCCCCACCAUAUACAGACGUAAAACUACAUCCGAAUUGUCUUGAGGUCAAUAUGGAAGCAAUCUUCGAAAUCCUCAAUAAGUACGCAUCGAAAAUAUCCCCAGCAAAAAUGUUGCCGCAUCUCCCAGAUGACAUUCCACUCCAUCGAUUGAAACCUUUCCUUGAAGCCGCCCUUUGCAAUCAGUUGGAGAGGACACGACAAAAUCAAAUUUUAAAGGGAUUACUUUAUGCAGAAGAUUUACAAAUUCAGGAGCAACGGAUGCAUUAUGAAACGAAAAGUAUUGUCAUUACAGAUUUCACAGUGUGUCCUGUAUGCAAAAAACGUUUCACUAAUCAAAGUGCUUUCGUACGAUAUCCUGAUGGCGAAAUUGUUCAUUAUUCCUGUCAAAAGAAAUCAGUUGGAGUUUACAAUUGAAAUAAUUUAAUUAAGUUCCAUGUAUGUGAUUUAUUCUCAUUAUAUUAAGCAUAUUCCCAUUGAUAUCUACCACGUAUAUUCUAAAUACAUAAUUUUUAAAUUGAAAA